CAGAAUUGUAACUUAUAUUUAACAAUCAGUAUUAGCUGUUACUGCAUGUAUUGUGAAAAAUUCACUUUUACGAAACUUGCAUAACAAUAGUGUCUUAAUCAUAUAGGGAGUGUUACAAAAAGAAGAAGAAGGAGCUAACAUGGUUUUGAAUUUGGUAAUGUGUGUAUGUGGAUUAUUAUUUUUAUAUAUUGGGAAUGCACAGGACACUAUUGUUCCAGCGAUCAUUACUUUUGGUGACUCCAUAGUCGAUGUGGGCAACAACAACUAUCUCUCCACUCUUUUCAGGGCUGACAAACCUCCUUAUGGAAGGGACUUCGUUAAUCACCAACCUACCGGAAGAUUUUGCAAUGGCAAAUUAGCCACUGACUUCGUUGCUGGGACUUUAGGUUUCAAGUCUUACGCACCUGCAUAUCUUAGCCCAGAAGCAUCAGGGAAAACACUUCUUAUUGGAGCCAACUUUGCUUCAGCUGGUUCUGGUUACUAUGACAAAACUGCAACUCAAAAUCACGCAAUCCCUUUGUCCCAGCAAUUGAAGUAUUACAAGGAAUACCAAUCAAAGCUGGCUGAAGUAGCUGGCCAGAGUAAAGCUAAAUCCAUUAUGAAGGACGCUCUUUAUGUACUGACCACUGGCACUACCGACUUUAUACAGAACUACUACACUAAUUCUUACCUCAGAAAAACCUACACUGUUGAGCAGUACAGUUCCAUGCUCAUUAGUUUAAUGAAAAAUUUUACUGAGAACUUGUACGACUUGGGGGCAAGAAAGAUUGGAGUGACAUCACUCCCUCCAUUGGGUUGUAUUCCAUUAGAAAGGACCUUAGCUGGAACUCAUGAAAGUGGGUGUGUGUCUCAGCUGAACACAGACGCCCAAGGAUUUAAUAAGAUGUUGAACAAUGCUGCUACCAGUCUCAAAAAGAAAUGCCCUGAUCUUAGACUUGUUAUCUUUGACAUUUACAAGCCUGUUUAUGAUCUUGUUAAUUCCCCUUCUAUGUACGGCUUUGCGGAAGCAGGAAGAGGCUGCUGUGGAACAGGGACUGUAGAACUAACCACAGCUUUGUGCAAUUCUCACUCAUUAGGAACAUGUUCAAAUGCUACUCAGUACGUAUUUUUCGACAGUGCCCAUACAUCUGAAGCUGCCAACAAAGUUAUUGCUGACGAGAUGAUAAACCAAGGCCUAUCCAUCAUCUGAUGAGGAUGUCUAACUCGUUUCUACUGAAAUCUAUAUAAAAGAAGAAUUGAUAGUACUUAGCCAACUGUCUUAAUAAUACUAUUAUGUUAUGUGUGACAGACGAAUUUAUUGAGAAGAUCUAGUGGUUGAAAGUAUCUAUGUCCUUUAAUUUUAUUUUUGUUAUGCUA